AUGGGGAGAGGGAGUGAAAGACGUAAGAAGGUCAAAGUAAGAAAAGAGGAGAAGUGGAAGCUGAACCCAAAUAUGUUUUCCUCUAAAUCUUCUGCUGAUAUGAUCAAAGCAAGGACAUACGAUGUUUUCCUUAGCUUCAGAGGCAAGGAUACUCGUGAUGGUUUCCUGGUCAAGAUCAUGGACUGCAACAAAUGUGUUGUUCCUGUUUUUUACGGUGUAGACCCCUCAGAUGUACGGAAACAAAGAGGGAGUUUUGCAGAUGCAUUUGCAAAGCAUGAAGAAAAUUUUAAGCAUGACCUUGAAAAGUUGAAAACCUGGAGAACUGCUUUGACGUCUGCUGCCAACUUAUUUGGUUGGGAUUCACACGUCACUCGGUAA